GUCGAACGCCACUCGGCGAUCGUAUCUUGAUCGGAAGGAAUGGACAUGCUCAAGCAGCCCGACGUCGACCACGACGAGCGAAUGGACCAGUUCUCGACUGCCAAGUCCCAUGACGACGAUGACGCUGACGAUCCUAAUGGGGUUGUCAAAGACGACAACCCCAGUCCCACAUCGACCAAACUUAGCGGGGUCGGCGACACACGCGCCGACCGUCUCGAGGAAAUGCAGUCAGUGGUGAAGAAAGUCGUGUACGAAUCCCGCGGACCAUUGUACAUGGAUCUGUGCUCUCGCACGUCGCCACAUCUCGGCGCACUCGUGAAAUCAUUCCGAGCAACGGCGGACGGCGGGAAAGGCCAAGCCGAGCUCAGUGGGAACGUCCACGUCGGUGACCUCGUCCUCGCCCUCAAUGACGUCGACUGUACCAUCCUUCCAUUCCAGCGGAUUGUUCUCGAAGCCAAGAACGCAAACUUUCCGCUGGUCCUGCAGGUCUUUCGUCGUUAUGUCGUCGUCGUCAUCGAACUCACGACACCCAACUCACGACAUGAUGACCGAUGAUCGCAUCGUGGUGCUGUGUAGGUAUUGCCGAAAGUGUACGUCCCCGAGUACUUUCCCAUCUCGUCACCCAGUGCCCCCGUGCCUCAUCGUGGCAGCGAGCAAGUGCUUCCUCCAUCGGAUCCAGCGCAGCCCCCCACCCCCACCAAUGGAAGCGGCGGCGGACGAUGGGGCAAAUUUGGACAAAUCCUCGACAUGCGACCAAAGCGAUCGUCGUUGACAGCUGCGGAAAUGCCCAAGGGAACAAUCCCCCAUUCCCCACGAGAUCUCAUCGCCAUCCCCACCACCACCACCACCAGCACCUCAACGCCCACAUCUCCGUCUCCAUCUUCCCCACAUACAUUGGGAACAAUCCCAAUCUCGUCCGUGGGAUGGGCCGCCACGCCUCCAGCCCCCCAACAUCAACAGCCGCAGCCCGUGACACCCCCCCCUGGCACUGCCAACGAUAAAUUCCAACAAAAGUUCAAGCACUGGCAAGACUCGAUCACGUUGGACAAGGUCGUUGCGUCCAGCUCCAACUUGUUCAAGUUUAUCGGCGGCAAAAGUCCAUCCGCCACCUACCACAACAUCAACGACCCAGACGACGAGUGGACGCCGUGGCUCGCGGGGGCUACGAUCGCAUUUCGCGAACCUGGCAAUCCCUUCCACACGUCUGGGCUCCAUCUCGUCUCGGCCAGCAAACCCAUGGGCGUCCAAGACGGCCAAGUGCACUGCCAAUGGUACCGCGUGGUACACCCCAACCAUCGGCACUGGCUGCUGCUUCAAGGAGCUACCCAACGAACGUACAUGCCGUCGAUCGACGACGUCGGCGUCACCGUCGGCCUGUCAUGCCACGUCAGUCGUCUGGGGGUGUCAUCCCCCGUGAAACUCAUCGAGUUGACCCAUCCACUUGUCAUUGAUCCGUCGGUGGAAGACACGACGCGCAUGAUGGUGGAAGCUGGUUCGGCGUUGUUUUCGGCCACGUUGGCCAGUUCCGAGCUUGUCAGUUUUCAACUCAAAGUGAACUCGACGCAUGUGGUGGUGAUUCAAAUCUCAGAAGACGACUUCAACACGGUCGUGGAUGCGCCAUACGAUGGCCACUUGCACGUGUACCUGGACCCAGAGGACCCGACGCGGUUCAUUCUGCGCUUCCGACCGUUGGGGGACGCCGUCGGCACAUGUGACACGGGGCUAAAUCCGACCAUUCACCAAGCCACGCUGGCCACACUGCAUCUCACGGCGCAAAGUGCGUCCACAAGAGACAUCAUCGCAUCGACGGUGCGGACAUUUCGAGCCAACCGAUUGAGCGCCGACGUCGACGCGAGUGCCCGCGACGUUGAAGCCAAUUACUUUGGCGAGGUCGUGGACAAGGCAAAGCUCACCGCUCCAGCCGUCAGCUUGCUUGUUAGCGACAAGACUGACGGGGACUGUCCAUCGUUGAGCGAAGACGUUCGAGGGGUAGCUCUUGUUGGGGAUGGGAAAUCACCUCCUGUGCAGACAAUGACAGAAACGGCGGCGGCGGCGGACGACGUGGCCAUCCUAAAGAAACAACUGGCGUCGCAAGCGCUCCUGCUAAAAGCGACUCAAAACGAGCGCAACUUUAUGGCGGUCGCCGUCGAAGUCCGCGAGCGCAAGCUGGAGGACCAAGCCGCGGCCCACAAACUCCUCCAAGCGACCGUCGAUACGUUGCGGGGGGAGCUCCAAGUCGCCCACGCCGCCAUCGCACGAACCAAACAAGUGGAAGCAAACGCACAGCAGAUGGAACGAUCCCUGUCUGACCUCCGACAGACCAACCAAGAGCUGGAAGCUCAGCUGGCUGCUUUGCGAAGCCACGACCAUGAAGUUGACGCCAAGUGGGCUGCCUUGGACGAGGAUUGCCGCACAGUGCGGGCAGAGUUGGCGGCCCAGCAGGCACUGUACAUGACACUCGUCGAAGAACGCAAUGCUCUAAAAGCCAAAACCACAGACUUGUCGAAAGAAUUGCGGCGCUUGCUCAAGCAUGGACAAAGCGUGGGUGACCUCGAAGCCCACUUGAUCGAACGCACGCAAUUGCAGAUCGAUUUGGCCGAAGCCAAAGCCGACGUCAAGCGAUACAUGGACGAAAUGAACGAGUUCAAGAACGCUUUGGACUGCCACGUCAAGCAACGGGGCAUGGGCGACGUGGAAAUGCAACGGGUACUGAGUCAAAACAAGGAACUCCAGCGCCUCGUGACGCACUUUUCGACGUCGCUGAGUGCAUCGCAGGACCAAGUAGCCAAGUGGAAAAAACUGUUUGACAGCAGCCCCCUCAAGCACGUGAUGACGACACAGCGGCGAUUGUCCAAAUCGACUUCGUUCCAACGGAAUGAGCAGCUUGUGUUUGAUGAAGACGACGAGGAAGAAGAAGAAGAAGACGAGGAAGAAGAAGAAGAAUGACAUUUGUGCUGUAUAUAUGCUUCUGUGGUUGUGGGAUACAGUCAG